AUGUGUUCAGUGCAGUCACAGACAAUGCUUCGGUUUUACAGUGACGACAAUUGACAAGGUUCAACAAAUGCUGCCGUGGCCUGAUGGUCACGUUUUUCUUUUAAACCCAUUGCGUUGACUGCGAUCUUUUUGAAGCUGAUGGGUGACGGCUUCACAGUGAAAUGCUGGCGCCGUGAGCCGCAGCGCGCCGUCUCGCCAUGGAGGCCGGCCCAGCCGCCGUGUCCCUCCCCUUCAGUCGCGAAGACUCCGCCUGCCGGGUGAGGCGGGCUCCGAGCCGGCUGGCGGAGGACAUGGCGAGCGAGCUGCACCCGUUGUGGAAGAUUCCGUCGCGGGAGCGGCUGAGCUGCGACGGCCUCGACACCGUGGGCACGUCCGCCAAAACUGACGACGGAUCGGACACGGUGGGAGAGGGCCUCGCCAGGUCCUGUGCCAGCAACGCCAGCAUGAGAGUGACAAACCUGAAAAAGAUCUCCGUCACCAAGGGCCACUUCCCCCGCCUGGCCGACUGCGCCCACUUUCACUACGACAACGUGGACUUCGACAGCAUCCAGCUGUGCCUAGCUGAGGACCACUCCGACUUUGGCAAGAAUGGGACGGAGCCGAGGGCUGAGCCCAGCUUCCUUGUGCAGAUUCACUGCCAGGGCAAGAGCUGGCUCGUGUGGCGAAGCUACGAGGAUUUCCGCAUCCUGGACAAGCACCUACACCUGUGCAUCUACGACCGUCGCUACAGCCAGCUGCCCGAGCUGCUGCCAUGCAGAGAGGGCAACCAGGAGGGCAGCGAGGCGGUGGCGCAGACGCUGUCGGAAUACCUCACGCACCUCUCCUGCAUCACCGACGACAGACUCAACUGCGGACCCGUCCUCACGUGGAUGGAGGUGGACAAUCACGGCCACCGGCUGCUGGUGAGCGAGGAGGCGUCCUUCAACGUGCCGGCGAUCGCGGCGGCGCAGGUCGUCAGGCGCUACACCGCACAGGCGCCCGACGAGCUCUCCUUCGAGGUCGGGAAUUUCGUGUCGGUUCUGGACAUGCCUCCCAAGGAGGACACGACGUGGUGGAGGGGAAAACACGACUUCCAGGUCGGAUUCUUCCCCAGCAGCUGCGUUGAGAUUAUCAACGGCAGGGUCCCACAGUCGGCCACGGCGUGCGGACAUCCCACCAGGGCAGUGUCCAAGAAGCACGGGAAGCUCAUCACCUUCCUCAGAUCCUUCAUGAAGUCGCGACCGUCCAAGCAGCGGCUGAAGCAGCGCGGGAUUCUGCGCGAGCGGGUCUUCGGCUGCGACCUGGGGGAGUACCUGCUCAACUCGGCGCACGACGUCCCGCAGGUGGUGAAGAGCUGUGCCGAGUUCAUCGAGAGGCAUGGCAUCGUGGAUGGCAUCUACCGCCUCUCCGGGGUCGCCUCCAACAUCCAGAAGUUACGGCAUGAGUUCGACUCGGAGCACGUGCCUGACCUCAUGAAGGAGGCGUUCCUGCAGGACAUCCACUGCGUGAGCUCGCUCUGCAAGCUCUACUUCCGCGAGCUGCCAAACCCCCUGCUCACCUACCAGCUGUACGACAAGUUCUCGGAGGCGAUGACUUCCUCGACGGAAGAGGACAAACUCGUGAAGAUCCACGACGCCAUCCAGCAGCUACCGCCACCACACUACAGGACGCUGGAGUACCUGAUGAAGCACCUGUGGGCCCUGGCAUUGCAUAGCGACAAGACGGGCAUGCACAGCAAGAACCUGGCCAUCGUGUGGGCACCCAACCUGCUCCGGACGCAGACGAUCGAGAUGGCGGGCUAUAACAGCACGAUGGCGUUCAUGGAGGUGCGCAUGCAGUCCGUGGUGGUGGAGUUUCUGCUGAACCACACGGAGGUGCUGUUCAGCGACCGCUUCUCGUCCAUCGUGCGCGACAACGCAGGUCGCGCUUCCGUACCGAGGCCUAAGUCUCUCCUCGUCAGCUCCUCGUCCACCAAACUGCUGAGCCUGGAGGAGGCCCAAGCGCGGAGGGACGUUGCUGCCGCCACCGCCAUCGCCGCCACCGCCGCCGUCAUCGCCGCCUCCGCCGCCCCGCACGCGUCCCCCGCCCCGCUGACGCCCGGUGGCACCGCCACCGUCGUCGUCGUCGGCGCUGGCGGAGCGAGCGGCCUCACCUCGGCCGCUACGCCGGAGGGCGGGCGGGCGUGGGAGAUGGCGGCUGAGACCACGCCGGCGCUGGACAUGCACGGCGAGAGGAGGCAACUGUGGGCCGGACCGGCGGCGGUCAAGGGCAAGCGCAUGGCCGGCGGCGGAAGCUGGCGCACCUUCUUCCAGCUGGGCAGGGGCGGCGGCGCCACGAGGCGCAAGCUGCAGCGCAACCCGAGUGAGCCGGCGUCCACCUCCACGCAGUGCUCCACCUUCCCCGGUCUGGUGCGGUCUGAACGCGGGAGCCUGAGGUCGGCGAAGAGCGAGGAGUCACUGACCUCGCUGCAUAGUACGGAGGUCGAGGUGAAGGCUUCCAAACCGCGCCGCCCUCGCUCCAGCAACGACGCGCUGUCCCCCAGCUACUGCGCCUCGGUGCUCUCCGACGUCUCGCAGUACGGCUCCUACGACAAUCUCCCCCCGUCACCGCCCACGGACCGGCACGACGGCACCCGCCGUCACAGCAACUCUCGCAACGCGGCGGCGGAGGGAAGGGUUGAUCGCGGCGGCGCUCGGGAUGACGGCGCCGGCUCGGCGGAGAGGACGGGCAACGCCGCCGCCGCAGAGGAAUCCGUCGGCAGCGACGAAGAUCUCCUGGACCCCCCGGACGUCGGGGACGACGGCCUGGACUUCGACCCCAUGGCAUUCCACCUGAGCCCGGCGCGCAGCGGCGGCAAGCCCUCGUCGGCGGCGUCGUCGCCGGCGUCGUCGUCCGCUUCGUCCGCCGGCGCCCACCGGAGUCCGGCCGUGUUCCGGGUCGGCGAGUUCGAGGCGGGAAUUGUGGGGGGGCGGCUGGCGAUGCCGACGGGGCAAGCCUCGCGGGAGCCACAAACUCGCGAAAGCGACGCCAGCGCCGCCUCGCCGGACGGGCGGAACAACCCGCUGGAGCCGCGUUCGCUCGCAGAUGCCGCGGUCGUCCUCGAAGACCGCUUGCCGCCAGCCCCGACCAAAUCGGGCAGGGGCAAGGAGAAGCCGCAGGAGUGCGUCGUAGCGGACGCGGGGAAGGAAGCCGAGGCGGAGGCGGCGCCGACGCCGGAGGCCAGCGGCGUCACCGCCCCGGCCUCGCCGGCUGCCGAGCGGCUCCGGAGCCCCUUCUUCGGCCCCGAGGGGUGGGCGGCGGUGGCGUCGACGCCGGCGUCGGAGGAGAGGGCGGCGGGCAAGUCGGUGUCGUUCGCCGAGAAGAUGGUGCAGGCGUUCUCGCCGAAAGCGGGCCGCAACUCGGCCAAGGCGUCGCCCAUGAGCAUCUCCGAGCCCAUCGCCAUCACGCUGCCGGCGCGCGUGUCCGAGAUGAUCGGGGCCACGCCGGCGACGACGACCGCCGCGCCGGCGGCGGCCGCGGCGGCCUCUGCGCCUGCCGGGCCCGCCGGGUCCGCGGGGCCGGCGUCGCCGCUUCCCCACGGCGGUGCCGCCGCAAAGGGAUUCAAGUACCUGGGGAAGUCGCCGCCCGUCAUGGGGGUCACGUGGUCGCCCGACGCCCACACGGUCAACUUCUCGUCGACGGUGGAUGGGGCAGCGAGCAGGGCGCGGACGCCGACCGCGGAAGGCAUUAAGGACGGAGGAGCCACGAGCGACGUGGCAGCCGCCCAAAGGAUCGACGCCAAGGGCCCUCCGGAGGACGCGACGGAGGAGCACGCGGCUCGCGAAUCGUCCGACGGCGCCGUGAGAAAGCAGACGGAGGCAACGGCGGCGACGGAAAAUCCGAGCGACAGCCGCAGGGAGAGGAAGCAGCGGCACGGGGAGGCCGCGGACGAGCGGGCGAGCGGUGGCGGUGGCGGCGGCGCCGCGGCGGCGGCCGCUGGACGGGGCGAGCGACUGGGCAGGGCCUUGAGUCUGGACGGGGACACGCCCGCCAGGGCGCCGGCGAGGCCGCAGAGGCUGCCGCUGGUCGGCGUCAACGAUGCGGGCGGGAGGCGCGACGCGGAGGAGAAGGCGAUGGAAAAGGACAGGGCGUCGCAGCAGCAGCAACAACCGCAGCAACACUCAAAACUGCCCACCACCCACCACCAACACCACCGCCAGCACCAGCACCAGCAGCAUCACCACGGCCACAGGAGGCAGCUGUCGCUGUCGGCGGACGGUUCCGAGCGCCGCUUCGAGGGCACCGUGGCACGGGCGUGGAGCCCCCCACUCACGGCACACGACUCCGACAUCGCCCCCCCGCGGCCGCCCUUCCCCUCCGACCUCCUGUCGUCACAACUGCACAACCACUACCUGCACCACCACCACCAGCAGCAGCACCAGCAGCAGCACCAGCAGCAGCACAGGGCGGACGGCUCGCCCACACAGUUCGUAACGACGCUCGCCUACACCGCGCACGGCAAGGGCUUCCCGACGUUCGUGACCGCCGCCGGCCGGCGCACGGAGGGGCCCGGUCCGGCCACAGCGCCCUCGUCGGCGGUGGCGACGCCGGUGUCCACCCCGUUCUGGCCGAGCGCGGGCAGCGCCGGCGCCGUGGACGGGAGGACGCCGCUGGCGCUGGCGCCCGGGGCGUUCGGCGACGCCGUCAACAGUCGCUCGCUGCCCGUGCUGCGAACCGAAGUGCCGCCAGGCCCCGAGACGGUGGUGUACGUGGCGCCGUCAAAGUCGCGCCAGCUCCACCUCCAGCAGCAGCAGCAGCAGCCGACCGACGUCAUGAGCAAGCAGCCGUACUUCGAGAACGGGCGCGUGCAUUACCGCUUUGCUUCUUACCCGCCUCCUCCGGGGUUCGGUGGGCAGCUCAAUCUGUCGGACCCCCACCCGAUGGCGGCGCACCCCCAGCAGAGACCUGGCAGCAGCGCCAGGCCUCCUCGGAACGGCGCUUUCCUCCUCGAGGCGGCCGAGGCGUACCAGACCCCCCGAGGCAGCGCCGCGUACGAGCCUAUCGCGGCCGGCCGCGGCGGCGGCAGCUACUUCGAGACGCUGCAGGACUUCCUGGCCGGGGGGGCCCAGCCGCCGUUCGGCUUGCGCCGCGUGCACACGUUCGCGACGCGCGACGACUUCCCCCCGCAGCCGCCGAUGGCGCAGCAGCAGGAAGUGCCGGCGGCGACGGUGUGGGGCGGGCGCCAAGCGCUGGGCGAGCCGACGUGGGUGGCGGCGCCCGGCCGGCGCGAGCACAGCUUCGUUAGCCGCGACGUCCCGCCGUCUCCGCGCCGCUCUGCCGCGGCCGCCGCGGCCGCCAUCGGCGCCGCCCGUGACAAACACCCGCCCAUGCGCAGGGAGUCACGCACCCGGCAGCAGGCGAAGUCUGCCGCGCUCGUCUCGCGCUAUGACAACGUGGUGCCGUCGGGGGACGAAUUUGCGUCGCGGGCCUUUGGCCCGGCGCCAUUGGGCGGCGGCUCGGACGCCUUCCCCUUGCCGGUUCACCUGCGGAGCAAGUCGGACCCGGGCCGCUUCGGCCUCAUGCCCGAGGGCUGCUUCUUCCAGCCAGGCCGCCGUUCGCUGCUGCUGGAGCAAGGCUUCACGCUGGUGUCGCCUCUGGAUGGAGCCGAGAUUCAGACACAGCAGCAGUACCAGCAGCAGCAGCACAUGUACCACGUGACGGACAGGCGCGGCGCCAACUGGAAGGGCCCGCCCGGAGGGAGAGGGGGCGCCGACGGCCCGACGCCGCAGCUGUACGCGCUGGUGCCGGUCGGCGGGUACGAGCACGGGCGGCCUAUGGAGGUCCACUAUGUGGGCAAAGCGGAGCCGGAGAGGGGGGCGCACCGGCAGCUCCUGCCGCCGCCACCGCUCCAAGCGCAGCCCGCGCGGGGGUUCUAUUCGACGGACCUGGACAGUGUGGCGCCCGAGCACCGGCAGCAGCAGCAGCAACACUACCACCACGAACGCCGGCAGUCGUUGCCGGUGGCGGCCGGCGGCGCGCAGGCCGGCUACCGGGAGACGCACGCGCACCCGUCAUCCCAGCACCACGCGCCGCCGGCGCCGCAUCAGCACCACGCGCCACCGGGGCCCAAGAGGCCGAACACGGCGGCGGCGAUGGCGUCGCAGUACGAGAGCCUGGUGCCGACGGACGACAUCGGCGGAGGGGGGGGGCCGGGCCGCAGGGUCGGCGCGUUCUCGCCGGCACCGGCGGCGCUCUACUCGCAGCACCAGCCGCCCGCCGCCGCGCUGCACUUCAUGUCGCCGGGCCCCCCCGCGGGGGGCCCUCGGGGCGGCCCCUACGUGAGGCAGGGUGGGGGCGGCUUCUACCCGGCGGAGCUGUCGAUUCACCGGGCGGAAGCAGAGCUGCAGGUUGACCUGUAGACGCCCGCGCUCGUUGAGGGAGGGGUGGGGGGGUGAUUGACGGCACUAGCCGUGAACUCUUAACCUUGAUGCUUUGUUUACCCGGGACAGCUUCACUCGCGGAAUCUCAAGACUGUGGUUGUCUUGUUUUUUGUUUUUAGUGACGGUCCUGCUUGGGAUGUCCAGCCAAUUCUAAUCUGGGUGGGGUUUUUUUUUACUGUGCGGAAGGGAAGCGGAGUGCCCGGAGAAAACCCAUGCAUGCUAGGGGGGGGUAACCUUCACUCUAGCUCUGAGCUCAGACCCGAUGCGUAACUCUCAUCCCUGUGCGGUCUCGUUAAAGUGAUAAGCGGCAGAUUUCAUCUCCAUAGCGGCAGCGCCCAACACGUUUAUUUAUGAUUCGUUUAAGUUAAUGUCUGUUUUAUUUUUUUGUAAAUGUCCUUCCUGUUUGUUACACUCGGUUUUCCUGCGCGAUAUUCGGGUGGCUUAGCGACACGCGCAUCGGUGUCGUUGAGCCCAAAAUGGAGAGGGAAAUGGUUGGGAUGCAAUUUUCAUCUUGCCAUGUAUUUUAAAUGUUUUUUUUUCUAUGAUUUUUAUUUUAAAAGUACUCGCGUGUUUUUAUUUUAUAUUUGCCGUCAUUGAUUUUGCGACGUAGCCGUACGUUUUAAGUCGUCGUUGUCGUAAUUUGUUUGUCACCGUUUGUUGAUGGGGACCACAUGCAGGGAUGGAAGGACUAUGUUUCAGGGGUUCAAGUCCACCAAUCACGCAAGACUAUUUGCGAUCACGUGAGGUUCGGCAAACCAAUAACAGGGCCGGGUUUAGGUAUCGUUGCUCCUGGGACACCAGGGCAGAGAAGAGACCCCCUCCUCCCAAGACAAAUACAGAUACACACAAGAUCCAAUCAAGUCAGAUUUUUCUGAAUAAAAACAAAUAUAACUUU